UUGGGGUCUGACUGCUCGUUGAAGACUUCUGAAUACAAUUUUGUAGUUCAGAAGACCGCUUUGCUGCCAUGGGGUGGCAAGAGUUAGCCUGUUCCCUUUUGACAUGUGGGAUUCUUCUGGGAUCCCCAGUCAUCUCCGCGAAAGUCUCCAGUCGUACAUGCUUUCGUCCAAUAAAUUCUGAUACGACAGUGUACAAUUUCACUGUCCCAGAUUUGAUGGAGACAAGGAAUAUUAGUUUGAGUGAGUAUAGAGACAAAGUCCUUCUUAUUGUCAAUGUCGCAACCUACUGAGGUUUCACUUGGCACUAUCAUCAAUUGAAUGCACUGAAAUCAACUUUUAAUGAAUCUGGGUUUGAGAUUCUGGGUUUGCCCUGUAACCAGUUUGGUAAGCAAGAACCUGGCGGAAACGGUGAAGAAAUAUGGAACGGGGUACAAUACGUGAGGCCUGGAAAUGGGUUUAUACCGAAUUUCACUCUGACUCAGAAGAUAGAUGUGAAUGGUAAAAACGAACAUCCACUCUAUACAUUCCUAAAGUACCUGUGCCCGCCAACAAAGGAUGUCUUCGCUGCUCAGGAGAAGUUAUUCUACACACCUAUGAAAAGCAGUGAUAUAAGGUGGAAUUUCGAGAAAAUACUUGUCGACCAAACCGGCAUGCCAGUACUUCGUUACGACCCGUCUACGGAACCUAAGGAUAUUGCUAGAGAUAUACAACAUCAGCUUACUCGUUUAUAAACAUUAUCCUAUUGAAACUGCACCUCUAGUGAAUAAUUUUUAAAUAUUACUUUACCAAAAAUUUUAAAAAAUGUAUUAUAUUUUCGGUCUGGUUCAACUUCUUAUUGCUACUUCAAAUUUUAACAAAACUUUAAUUAUUCGUUAAGAAAUAUAACUUUUUGAAGUAUUUUAUUAAAUUUUAAAUUAAUUCUUUACAAAAUUUUAUUUCAAAAUUUUUAAACUUUUUAUUAUUGGAAUAUAUAUUUUCAGGUAUCUGACGCUAGCGGUGCAAAUUCUUUUAAGUACUGAUUGGACAAUAUAUUAUCAUAAUUAAACACUUGCUGGUGAUUUGGUUUCUUUUAGAUACUAAUAUUGUAAGCUUCCUACCAGAAUCUAUCCCAGUUUCUUAUGCAUCUAUUUUAAUCAAAAUCAUUGUGCCCGUGGAUUUCAUUUGUGUUAACCUAACUUUCAACAGAUUAAUCCUUUUUAUGAAGAGUAAACCGUAAACCUCUGGUGGUUUGCUCGGAAGUGUUGAAGAACUGUGCUUUGGUCUUCUCAGUGCAUUCAGCCAAAUAUAGUUCAACAACGUAAGGAACCUAAACUGUUGAAAGAAAGGUUUCAAAAUCCAAGUGAAAUUUUUUUGUACUUAAUGAAAUUUUUAAAUAAACUGCAUAUCAAAACUUA